AUGCCUCCCGCCAACCUGUUAUCUCUGGUGGUCAAAAUUGAGAAUGUGCAAUAUGGAAAACGGGCGUACGAGGAGCUUGAUCUGCUCCUCCGAGAAUUGAUCAAAGAGUGUGUUAUCAGAAAACAACCUGGUUUUGUGUCGAUCGCGUGCAAAACAGAAGCCAUGCGAAGCUUGUAUGGAACACAUCUACAUGGCAAAAGAGUUAUGCUACUCAACAAAGAGUUCAUUCUCAGAAUCGAGGGAAUGGAUGACACCAGUUGUGGCGCAAAAGAAAGUGGAUCUGACAAUGAGUCUGGUGAUUCAGACGAUUCCGAAACUAAUAUUGAAGGAGAAGAUCAAGGAGGAGAUGAAGGAGAAGAUAACGGAGACGAUGAAGGAGAUCUUGAUGAUGCUCCCCAGAACGGCAUCAAUGGUGCUGUAGUUGAACAAGAAACUAUCAAGAGGAGAGUUCAAAAGGCCCGUCAAGACACUAGCGCACCUCUCAAGAAGCGCGACCAGCAAACUGCAUUCAGAGCCAAAGGUUGGGAGCUCAUUGGGGAGUUCAAAGAUAUUAUUGGGAGUAACGACACUUCGAAUGCCUUUGCUGAAAUGGCACUGUAUUGGUUAGUUCAUAUAUCUACAAUGGCUUGUGUGUGUCUUAUUAUAUUGUUGCCGCUGACUUCCUGCAAUAGGGUUCAAUCGUUGGUGCAGAAGAACUCAAUAUCACCAAGCGAUAUUGAUAUAGUGGUUUAUGAUAUCAUUGAUCAUUUGGGGGUCAGGGCCAACUUCAAGGAUAGGAAGCCCAACUUGGGCUCUUUCAGCCUUGGUAAAUCACAUUGGAGAAACGCCGCGGUUGAGUUUGUAAUACAAGAAGACCCAGUUGAUGACAUUCUGUCAGUCUACCAGACCCCAACCCAUACUUCGGAAUUUCAGGGUAUUUGUGCAGCCUUCGUUCAAUCUGGGACUCCAGUAUCCUUUUUCAGCCCUACUCAUAGACAGGAAUUCGAUGAUAAUAGAGGGAUUUUCGGACUUUUCCACUCUGAAAGAGCGGCCCGAAAAUGCAGAAAUAGAUCUCCCAAGAGUCAGGUGCGAAAGUGCGGUUGGUGUUGCGGUACCCAUAUUCGCAUUGGAGGGCGAUUCUCAGCACAAAGAAUCCCGGCGAAGAAUCCAAGAUGGCUUCAAAAGGACGAGUAUCACUCCUGGCUGUUGGUAUUCUUCGAUCUUGCGAUAUCUGCCGGAUUGAACGUCUACAUCCCAGAAUAUUUACUAUCAAAGUAUUUCGCCGCCCCCGCCCCGGAAUCCAAUGUCAAUAUUAAGCAGCCAAACUCGUCAGCCCCGACUCACAACAGUUCCUCAACGAAGAUCCAAGACGAGACGAUACUCUCAUUGCGCCCGACAACGCCUUCUGUCAACAGGAGAAUUAGUACCGGUUAUUCGAUUGGCGGCGACAGUCCUCCACCAGAUCGAAACGUGGAAACCAAAAGUAGCCUGGCGUCCGAACUUGUUGAUAGGGUUGUGGAAAAGAGCCAUGAACUUAUGGAAGCGCGAAAGAUUAUUGAAAACCAGAAAUCCUUGAUUUUACAGCAAGCACAAAGUUUGAACGACAAAACUAGCACCGCCCAAAGAGCAGAGAAAGAUUUGUUGAAGGAAAAAAAGAACAGCUGAGCUUGAAGGGAUUUUUUCGAGGGCUGAAGAUGAGGUUUCCAGGCAACGCCUCCAUAUCGCCGAUAUUUUGGAUCGCCAGAAGAAGGGCCCUGAAGAAUGGGAGAAGAGGGUACCAGAGGAGACGCAGAAGACGGCUCCACUCCAGAAGAGAUUAGACGAAUUGUAUAAGUCAAAUCACCGGCUGAUCGAUAGACACAAAGCGGAAAUCUCUGAUAUGGUCAAAAGGUCGAAGGGGAAGGAAUCGCUAUUAAAGAAGGCCGAGGAAAAGAUUAGAGCUAUUGAAUUGAACUCGAAAGAACUAGAGAUCCAAAUGGCGAAGACGACUAUUACAGGCUACCAAUCUAAAGAGAAAGAAGGUGAGCUUAAGCUUGCGAUUGGCAGAAUCUUCGGUGAAAAUAAUGCCAUUGGGGCAAGAUUGCGGGACCUAGAAGCCGAUUACGAGAUUCAAGGGAGGAAUUUAAGAAUCGCCAGAGAAGACAAGGAAAAGAUAAUUCAGGCCAUGCGUCAAGCUGGUUACGAUUUCGAAGAAAAUCAUGUGGCAAGAAAACGUGGGCCAUCCCAUGAAAAUGAACACCAGGCAAAGAAAAUGAAGACCGAGCAAUGA